AUGAAUACCACACCGGGUGUGUGUGUGCGGAGCCUGUGUCUGGUGUGGAGUCCCAUGUGUCUGGUGUGGAGUCCCAUGUGUCUGGUGUGGAGUCCCAUGUGUCUGGUGUGGAGUCCCAUGUGUCUGGUGUGGAGUCCCAUGUGUCUGGUGUGGAGUCCCAUGUGUCUGGUGUGGAGUCCCAUGUCUGGGAUUCAGGAAGCAGACCGGUCUGCCUGUGUGCCUGCAGGAGGGCUAAGGGCUGGGGACCGUCUGUUCUUCGUCAUGGAGUAUGUGAACGGAGGUGACCUGAUGUUUCAGAUCCAGCGUUCACGCAAAUUUGACGAGGCACGCUCCCGCUUCUACGCCGCUGAGGUCACGUCGGCACUGAUGUUCCUGCACCAUCACGGAGUCAUCUACAGAGAUCUGAAGCUGGAUAACAUCCUGCUGGAUGCGGAGGGCCACUGUAAGCUGGCAGACUUUGGCAUGUGCAAGGAGGGCAUCCUAAACGGGGUCACCACCACCACCUUCUGUGGCACACCCGACUACAUCGCUCCUGAGAUCCUCCAGGAGCUGGAGUACGGCCCGUCGGUGGACUGGUGGGCUCUGGGGGUGCUGAUGUACGAGAUGAUGGCCGGACAGCCUCCCUUCGAGGCGGACAACGAGGACGACCUGUUUGAGUCCAUCCUCCACGACGACGUUCUGUACCCCGUGUGGCUGAGCAAGGAGGCCGUGUCCAUCCUCAAAGCGUUCAUGACCAAGAGUCCCAGCAAGCGUCUGGGCUGCGUGCUGACUCACGGACAGGAGGAGGCCAUAAAGGUCCACCCCUUCUUCAAGGAGAUCGACUGGGUCAUGCUGGAGCAGAGACGGAUCAAGCCGCCGUUUAAACCUCGCAUUAAAACCAAAAGGGACGUGAACAACUUUGACCAGGACUUCACCCGCGAGGAGCCCAUCCUGACGCCUGUGGAAGACACCAUCAUCAAGCAGAUCAACCAGGAAGAGUUCAAGGGCUUCUCCUACUUCGGGGAAGAGACUCUGACCUCCUAAGGCCUGCUGGGACCUUGCCUCACAAUCCCAUUCAGGAGCCCCUCUUCACCACUUCCUGCCCACCACACUCACACUCGCUCCAGAGUUUACACGCAUACAGAUGUGAAACACACACGCACACGCAAACACCCACAGCGGUGAAACACGUGCACACACACACACACACACACAGCUGUGAAAUAUGCUGUGAACAAACACACACACACACGUAAAUGCAGAUUUGACCCAUGCGAUUGCAUUGACACUGCCACUGAUUGUCACACUACACACACACUUAGGAAGGCACAUACGAACACACUCAACUACUAAGAAUGAAAACUAAGAAGAAGGAGUUAUUUCUUUAAUUGUACCCAGGUCUAACUUUAGUCUGGUCUAACUUUAGUCUGGUCUAACUUUAGUCUGGUCUAACUCCAGAGCUUAAGUCAGACCGUUUUGAAGUCUCCAUCGGGUUUUUGUAUGUCUGUCACUCCAUCCAUGCAUGUUUUAUGCAGAUGUUAAAGCAUCAUCCAAAUGUUUGGUCAUGUAGGAACCCCAAAUGUUAUGGUCUGGACCACCUGUGAUCCAUUCAGAAUAGUGGACCAUACCAAAGUCUUUGAGCCACAGGGGUGGUUGGAGAUGAGUUAGAGUUGGUAACUGUGAUCCGUCCAGUGGAGUUUGAGACACACAGAUUGCUGUGUCAUUGCAUGUACAAAUUGCCAUGUCACAGUGUAUUAUACGCUGGAUGCGUACAGAUCGCCUAUGUCAUGGAGUGUAAUGUAUAGAGGAAGUCAGAGGUCACAAGCUCCCGCUUAGUCAUGGCAGCCAUGUGAUCUCCAUAUCCCAGUUGUACAAUAUUCCAUAGCCAACCAAUUCUCUACAGUCUUACAGUAAAUUCCAGGAGUUCCUAUGAAUUAUUUUUUUGUUGUUGUCUGUAGCGAGUCUUACAGUGUUCUAGAAUGUCCUCCUAAUCCUUCUCCUCCCCUCUGCUGCACCUGAAUGCCAAAACAAAAAAAAACUCACAAAAAAAGAACCAAAUCCUUAAAACCAACGAUUGUAUGAAAGUUUGAAACUUUCUCCAAA